UGUAUACUGUACUAUCUGCCUAUUCAGACCUAGCGUGGUGAUUCGAGUACCCCUCCCCCGCACCCGAAGAGCUGCGUUUUGAAGAAAGCUGUUGUACGGAUAGUUCUCAAUUCGUUGUGAAAAGGAGUGAUCCACAUCAAGAAGCUCACAGCUUCUUCAAUAACGUCCCAUCACACCCCUUAUCAUGGCCGAAGACAGACAGCCCCCUGACCUUGUCGAGGGCGCCACCUCGGGCGACGUCGAAGACGAGGUGCACCCCACGGCCAAGUCGGCCGAGGACCGCAAGGCCGCCGCCGCCCUCUCCAAGCUCGACACGCACGCCGACGACGAGGCCGCGCCGGGCCGAGAGGUCGACCAAGAGGCCGUCAAGAACGCAAUGAAUGCCCUGGGUGGCGGCGGUGCCGACAAGAAGGAGACGAAGAAAGUCAAGGUGGACGCGGCCGACGUCAACUUACUUGUCGAGGAGCUCGAGCUCUCCAAACCCAGAGCCACCGAAUUGCUCAAGGCCCACGAUGGGAAUGCGCUGGAAGCCAUGAGGGCUUAUCUCCAGCCCGAUUUCUGAGCGAACCACGAAUCUGCUCUCAGCCCCGGCUUGAGAUGAUGAUUACCGAUCCGGCUUCGGGAGCUGAGCAGCAGUUGGUUACACGAGCACAAGGACAUUCUCAUCGCCAGGACGGUAUCCCGCUGCACGCUGGUGCGGCUGCCCGACAGGCAGCUGACCGACAGUUACAGAGAAGGUACAAUAUAUACCCAGUUCUCCAGGAGAGCAGGACUGUACAAAGGUCGCGCCAUAAAGCGUGGUUAACACGGGAUGUUGCUGAGGUCACCAGUCUAAGUGACAGCACAGCAUUUGCCUAAUAUUGAAGGGGUUGUAUGUCUCUGCGCCUGCUCGGCGGCGAGCAGGCUAUAUAGGGGCAUUCAAAUGCCCAAGGAUGCGUGCAGGAGAUCAGCAAGGAGAUGGCCUCAAUC